UGGGACCCCCUCCUCCCGGCCCGCCACACCUCCCUCCAGGCCGCAGCCACCCGCCCAUCGCGGGGACGUGGCUGCGGGUGGCGAGAACCCUGCCGGCGCCGUGGGGGCCACGCCGGUCCUGGCCCCGACGGCGCCCCGAGGACCUGAGAGCGCCGUCCCGGGCCGAUGUCCCAGGUGAGCGGCCAGCUCCCCUCUCUCUGCGACGCGCCCCAUGGAGGCCCCAGCGCAGCCCCGGCCCCAGCCCAGACCCAAUCACUCCUACCUGGGCUGGAGGUAGUAACAGGAUCGGCUCACCCUGUGGAGGCAGCACCAGAGGAGGGCUCCCUGGAGGAGGCAGCACCCCCCAUGCCCCAGGGCCAUGGCCCUGGGGCCUCCCAGGCCUUGGACAGCACUGACCUCGAUGUCCCCACAGAAGCUGUGACAUGCCAGCCUCAGGGGAACCCCUUGGGCUGCACCCCACUACUGCCAAAUGGCUCUGGCCACCCCUCGGAGCUGGGCAGUGCCAGGCGGGCAGGGAAUGGUGCCCUGGGUGGACCCAAGGCCCACCGGAAGUUGCAAACACACCCAUCCCUCGCCAGCCAGGGCAGCAAGAAGAGCAAGGGCAGCACAAAAUCCGCCACCUCCCAGAUCCCCCUCCAGGCACAGGAAGACUGCUGCGUCCACUGCAUCCUGUCCUGCCUGUUCUGCGAGUUCCUGACGCUGUGCAACAUCGUGCUGGACUGCGCCACAUGCGGCUCCUGCAGCUCCGAGGACUCCUGCCUCUGCUGCUGCUGCUGCGGCUCCGGUGAGUGCGCCGACUGCGACCUGCCCUGCGACCUGGACUGUGGCAUCCUGGACGCCUGCUGCGAGUCCGCCGACUGCCUAGAGAUCUGCAUGGAGUGCUGUGGGCUCUGCUUCUCCUCUUGACCCACGGUCAGGGCCGCCUGCGGGCACUCCCAGCACAGCUUCCAGCAGGGGCCGGCUAAGUGGGACCGGCUCCAGGGCUGUCACACAGAGCUUGAUAAACCCCCUCCCCCUGGUCCCCUUCCACCCACCCAGUGCCCUCUCUGAACCCCAGCCCCAGUGAGAAGGGGGGGCGCUCAGAGAGGCCACCUCAGCUGUGGGAGCUGGGCCCAUGGCAGAGAAGCCUGUCCUCCUUGCUGAGUUAGCAGGGACAGACGUCGCCGGGACCUGUUGG